AAAUAAUUUUACCUUGAACGAAUCAACGUCAUGGCCGUAUAAUUACAAUUCCGGCUUACCUCUUUCAAGACGCGUGAAGUCGCGUUGUCUUAGAACAUUUUCUACGUGGAAAUAAUCUACUCAAGUUGUUACAUAAGUCGAUGAGGCGCGAACAAACCUCGAAUAAUAUUAGCAGUGAUACAGUGCAUGACGUAGUAUGAAAGUGUUGAUAAGUUAUCUCAGCUUGCCGAUUGAUCUUUGAUAACUAUCAACCAUAGCCAACAAACAACAAGUCGUGUGGAGAUCGGCAAAAAUGCGCGCACUGUGCUAAUGUUGUGCUAAAAACAAUGAUUUGUUUUGAUUAGAAGUGCCUGUGCGUCUAUUCAAUCAAUAAUAUGACUUAUUGGAUAACAUUAUGUUGCUUACUUGUGUUGGUGCUGGCAAAACCUAAGGACUACGAUGAUUUCUGUGAAGGAAUGCACUGUACUGGCAUAGGUUCUGAAUGUAUAGACGGACUUUGCCAUUGUUCUAGUGGAUACAUACUAAAUCAUUUUCAAAACCGCUGCGUUAGAUGUCCUGGUAAAGGUGAACAAUGUUUCGGUGCCUGCUGCAACUAUUAUGAAAAUGGUACACUUUCUUGUUGGCAAGGGAUUUGUCAGGCUUGUCAUGAUAAACGUGGCAAGUUCAUAUGUCGAGACAACAUUGACCAAAUAUUUUACGUUUCGAGCACACAAAUUGCGAUGGUGACGGCAUUAGUUCUAGGAAUUAUUGCAACGUUGGUUUUGUUAUACAAACUGUGCGCUGCUACAAGUUUGAGGCCAAUGGGCUCGAGCUCGAAUUACGAAGGCAGAUUGUCUAUAGGAAGCCUCCAGUUAUAUAUUGAUGAAAGACUGAGGGAUGCUCCACCGAGGUAUUCAAUAAGAACAGCACCACCCAACGCUAAUGCUACUGUGACAUCUGCAACUGUGCGAUUCAUUUACGACUGUAAUAUUCCACCACCACCGUAUACUGCUCCAAAAGAAGAAGAAAACCAAAAAGUUGAAACAAAUCAACAGGCUACUAUUCAUAUAUGAUGACAAAAUAUAACAUUUCAAAACAAGCUACUUCGAUUUAAAGUAGAAAACAAAUUGUUUUUUAACAUUGGUUUCAUUUACUACGACUUAACUUGACUGUAAACUCUACAACUUUCAAAGCUUUUAGGGCGAGAAAAUCGACAGGCAGUGAGGCAGUGUAGUACAAUGACAAGACUACAUAGACAUUUGAAAAAAAAAAACAAACGUCAAGUUGAUGUUCUGUAGGGAUGCCAAGUGCUUAAUCGGGAAAAAGAUCGAUUCCUAAUUGAAUUUCUUUGAAUACUCUAUCUACGCAAUGAUACAAUGAGAAUGUAAUUGAAAUGUGUUGAAAAUAUUGCCCACGCUAACUGCGCUCGCUGUAUGUUUGUGUGUGUGUGCGUGUGUGCGCGUGUGCGCGCGUGUCUCUGUGAGUGUCUACAUACUACUAGUUUGGGAUCCAUUAUUUUCACUGAUGAAAAAAUCCCAAUCAAACAUAAGAGCCUAUGCACACGGCGUAUUUUAUACGCGCCGUAAACACGCGUCAUCUGCGCAUAUACGCGCCGCAGACGCAUAGGUCCU